GGGAGUUCCCUCGGCCCGGGGCUUCCCCCUCAGGGGAGGGGGUAGCCGGCGUCUGGGGACCCCUGCCCCGGGCCGCGCUGGCCUGGUGAGGGCUCGGGGCGAAUCAAUGGGCUGUCGAUGGGUUCCCCAUCGGGCCGUCGCGAGUGGCCGGGGUUUGGGGGACUCCCGGGGAGUGUUUCCCACUUUGAUGGCCUCAGGGUCCCCAGGGGGUCAGGGCAGGGGCAUUUCCCUGCGUGCCAGAUAACCCCUAACCUGCGGAGACCAUGCGGUUUCGAGAAGUUGGGAGGCAGACGUGCGAGCAGAAAGACUUGGAAGGAGUCAAGACUGAGAACAACGAUCAUAUUAAUUUGAAGGUGGCGGGGCAGGAUGGUUCUGUGGUGCAGUUUAAGAUUAAGAGGCAUACACCACUUAGUAAACUAAUGAAAGCCUAUUGUGAACGACAGGGUUUGUCAAUGAGGCAGAUCAGAUUCCGAUUUGAUGGGCAGCCAAUCAAUGAAACAGACACACCUGCACAGUUGGAAAUGGAGGAUGAAGAUACAAUUGAUGUGUUCCAGCAGCAGACAGGAGGUGUCUACUAAAAAGGGAACCUGCUACUUUACUCCAGAACUCUGUUCCUCCAGACCAAGAAGACAUUCUCAAUUAGAAAACCGCAAUUUGGUUCCACCACAUCCUGACUACUACAGUAUAGUUUUCUCUAUUCUUUCAUUUUCCCCUUCCCCAUUCCUUUAUUGUACAUAAAGUAACUGUGUAUGUGCGCAAGCAUUUUGCAUUUUUUUUUAACUAAAUGGCCAAUGGUAUGUUUUGACCGACAUCAAAUGGAGAUGGGAUGGGGAAAAAUACUGGUUCUGUGAAAAUACCCCCUUUCUCCAUUAGUGGCAUGCUCAUUCAGCUCUUAUCUUUAUAUUCCAGUAAGUUAUUUUGCUCUCACUGUUUAACAAAAAAAGAACAACAUAAAAAUCCUUGCAUACCUUGUU